AUGUUGCGCAGAGCAUCAGCCUUCGCAAAAUUCGCCGCUGGACGCUCGGAGCCGGCCGAUGACACAGCAGCUCCCAAGGAAGUUGACCAAGAGGCAGUGGAUCCCGCUCUAGCGGGCACGCCUGCUUUGGUCGAGCCGGACACCGCGGUUGCCACACCAGCACCGCCGGAUGUUCCGGCAGAUGUUCCUCAUUAUCGCCUUCGAUCAGGUGAUACGGACGAGUCGGAUCCUGAACUGCGAGGACCCCUAACGGCACAAGAUCCAGUCGCUCCAACUCAAGCACACUUUGACGAGCAGGGGAACGUCAAUUCUGACCUGAGGAGCGGUGAUUUGCCAGAUUCUCCAAGUGAGGAGAUUACUGACAACACCUUGACGACCACUGGUCGUCGUCGCAUUUCGACAUCCGAUUCCACAUCAGUCUCAGAUUGCGCCUGCUGCACUGCACCAUUAGAUUCACAAGUCACAGAGGAUGCAGCAAUGGACGAAGAAAGUGGCGCUCUAGCGGCCGAUAAGGCAGAAGAAGUCACAAGUUCUGCGGCGCAGUUCUUUCAAGCAGUUGAUAGGGAACCCCCAGCCUCACCCUGGAUUCUGAGGCAGCUGCCGAAAAACGUUUUGAAGAACGUUACUUGA